CUCAUUUCCUUCCUAAAGUUAGCUUCACUUAUCUAAGUUGUUGGACAGAAGUAUGGAGUGACUGCUAGGUGGAAAAUGGAUGCAUUUGUACGUGUUCUGCUGGCGAUCUGCUUGUUCUACAGGAUAACAGAGAGCUUCUUAAUAUACCAUGACCAGAAGAAUGUUUGUAUUAGCAUCGGCAAGUAUGUGAGUGUUACAAAAUGUAAUGUGACAUAUCGCAGCCAGCAUUGGAAAUGGACAGAAGAUGGGAAGCUACAUAACGUCAAAUCCUCCAUGUGUCUGGGCAUGUCUCUCGCUUCUGCUUCUCACUUUCGCCCCGCCAUGCUUGUUGAUUGUGCUAAUGCCCCCACAUGGACAUGCCAUAAAAGUGAACGACUUCUUGAAGUUGGAAAUACUUCUCUGUUCUUACGAAAACAAGGAAUUAGGGUUGUUGUUAAAAAGGGAACAAAAUACCCCAAUACCUGGAAAAGAAUGGAGGUGGAUGAAGUAGGAAAAAUUGCAUUUGAAAACAUAUGUCUAGAUGAAGAUUACGAUCAAACUACACCAAGCCCAACAACAAAGAGCUCAGCAGCAAUCACUGCCAUUACACAACGGGCGAUAACAGCCAACACCACUGAGAUAUACCAUGUGAACGUUACCCGUGUAGAUAGAGACGCCGACACGGUGAGCCAGGCCCAUAAUGACAGUCUGCUGUCUACUGCUACCACACAAGUCUGGACUGAGACAACACAGGCUUCUACCACUUCAUCUAAAGAGGAUGUGGAGCCAGUAAAAUGCACCAUCAACAUCACAGAGAGCAAAGCUUUCUCGCAGUCUGUCUACGUGAAGUGGAGCAGUCCAGGCAGUCCAUGUAACUUUAGCAUGAUAUGCCGUUCAAGCAAUUUUUGGGAGACUACAUGUAAUCCCAUCCAAAAGACAAAUGACUCUUAUGAAUGUACACAGAGUGGACUUGAGGCAGGAACUCUGUACGAUAUAAGCAUUGUGGCUUUGCAGGAUGGAGAAACAAAGAACCUUACCUUACAAACAGACCCUCUACCACCUUCUCAGUUUGAAGUGAAAAGAAAUACAGUGACAUCAACAAGUUUGCAAGCUUCCUGGACCUCAUCUCCUGGAUGGGUAGACCAUUAUAAACUGCAGUUACUUAAUAAGAAAGGGGAAAGUAUACAAAAAGUUAACAUCCAUGGAAAUAAUCCCAAAAUGGAAGCUGUGUUUACUGCCCUAAAUCCAGGCACACAAUAUGACAUCACCAUAGCAGCUCUUUCUGGUAACAAGAGCAGCUCUACAAUCUCCAUCAAUGGCUCCACAGUUCCAAUGUCUGUGAAGAGCAUUGAUGUUCAUAGUAAAUCAGACAGUAUUCAUGUAUCAUGGAUGCCUGGUUCUGGCAAUAUAGAAUAUUACAAGGUUUUCUUAUUACAUCAGCAAAAGAUAAUUAGUGAAGUUAAUAUUGACAAACAAAUAACUACACACACUUUCAAUGGACUCCUACCCGGCUACAUCUAUAAUAUCACAGUGAUCACUAAUGCUGCAGGCUUGCAAAACUGGAACUCAAACCUAGCAAGAACAGCUCCUGCCGAGGUGUCUGAUUUAUUUGUGCUGAAUGAAGGAAGUUCUACAAAAUUAAAGGUUCGCUGGAAAAUGCCUCGAGGCAAGCUGGAUUUCUACAAUAUUACCUUAUCUGAGAAAGGAUCUAUCAAAUACAGCAGAACUGUGAACUCAGCCGCCACAGAAGUCACCUUUAAUGAUCUAACACCAGGGCGCCUGUAUCAGAUUAAUGUCACUUGUAUUGCCGGGGACUUAAGUGCUGACAAAAUGGCAACUGGCAGGACUAUUCCAGAAAGAGUUACAGACCUGAAAGCCACUAGCAAUGGAGUCAAAUCUCUCAGAGUAAGCUGGUUGCCACCUCCUGGUGACUGGGAUAAAUAUAAUCUUGUUCUCUACAACCAGUCAACUGUUUUGCGGAAUACUACUAUGGAGGCGCACUACAGAGAGUUCAUCAUUGAAGAUACGGGACUUAUACCUGGAAGACAGUAUGAUGUUGCCGUGGUCGUGGAGAGUGGCGGUUUGAGAAAUGCUGCUUACUGCAAAGGCAGAACAGCUCCACAAGCCGUCCAGCAGCUCCGGAUUAAACAUACCAAUGAAUCUUCAUUCAGCAUCACAUGGGUGACUCCUUUCGCAGAAUGGGACAGUUAUGUGGUUUCACUUGCAGACAGGGAUCUUAUACUCAUAAACAAAGUUCUUGCUAAAGAAGCCAAAGAGUUUACUUUUACUGACCUGGUACCUGGAAGAAAAUAUACAGCCAAAGUUACAAGUAUCAGUGGCGAUCUUAACACCUGGUCUUCUGUAGAAGGAAGAACAGUUCCUUUCCAGGUCACUAAUUUAAAUUUAGCCAAUCAAGAAAAAACAACCAGUCUAUAUGCAGAGUGGACAAGAGGUCGGGGAGACGUGGACUCCUUCCAAGUUCUCCUAAUACAUGAAAAUAUUGUCAUAAAGAAUGAGAGUGUGUCUAGUGACACCAAUAAAUAUCAGUUCCACUCUUUAAAGCCUGGAGGACUCUACUCAGUGGUGGUGACAACUCUCAGUGGAGGCAUUGCAUCUAGACAAUCUCUGGCUGAAGGCAGGACAGUGCCAGCCAGUGUAAGUGGAAUUACAGUCAGUAACAAUGGUCAGAGUGACUACCUGCGCAUAUCUUGGCUACAGGCCACUGGAGAUGUGGAUACAUAUGUAGUAACCUUAUCCCAUAAUAGUAAUAUCCUUCCACCACUCACCCUCUCCAAAUCCAUCCAUGAAUGUUCCUUCAGUGGUUUAACACCUGGAAGACUAUAUAAUGUAACCGUAACAACACGGAGUGGAAAAUUCGAGAACUAUUCCUCCAGCCAAGAGUGGACAGUUCCCUCUGCCGUUCAGGGGCUAACAGUGAGCAAUGCUGGAAGAAGUGACUAUCUCAAGGUGUCCUGGCUUCAUGCUGUUGGAGACUUUGACAAAUAUAAAGUGACCAUUAAAAAUAACAAUAACUUCAUUAACACUACAGCAGUUAACAAGUCUCAGAAUGAAUGUGUAUUCGCCAACCUAGUGCCAGGACGACUGUACAGUAUAACUGUAAGCACUGAAAGUGGAAAAUAUGAGACCAGUGCCAUGACCAGUGGAAGAACCUUCCCAGAGGCUGUAAAGCAGCUAACACUUGCAAGAAGAGGCAGUGAGGAGCUCCAGGUUAUAUGGUCAAGAGCUGAUGGAGAUGUGGAUCGCUAUGAGAUUCAACUUCUAUACAAUGACAUGAGUGUUCUCCCACUGAUUACAUUGAGUAACACGGCUUCUGAAUACCACUUCACCUCUCUCACUCCUGGUCGCCUAUACAAGAUAGUUGUUCUGACAUUUAGCGGUGAUGCACAGAGAGCAACCUUUGUAGAGGGGUUAACAGUUCCCAGCGCUGCUAAGAACAUCUACAUUUCACCGAAUGGAAUGACAAAGAGUCUCAUUGUGAAGUGGACAUCUGGUGGAGGAGAUGUAGAUUCAUACAUGGUGACAAUCUUCCGUCAGAACAACCAGAUAGAAUCUCAGACCAUAUCCAAGAACAUCUAUGAACAUUAUGAACAUACCUUCAACAACCUGAUUCCAGGCGAACUGUACAAGGUUGUAGUACAGACAAACAGUGGAAGUUUAAGCAAAAACAUGACAUCCUUUGGACGAACAAUGCCUUCAAUGGUUCCAAAGUUGUGGGCAGAUAAUGAAUACAACAGUCAUCUACUGGUGGUCAACUGGCAAAGUGCACCAGGCAUCGCAGAUAGAUAUGACCUACUUCUUCUUACUAACCAAGGAGUUCUAAUAAGUAACAAGUCUGUGCCAGCAACCACAAAAUCACACAAGUUUGAAGACCUUGUUCCAGGAAAGAAAUACAAAAUCCAAGUGUUUACAGUCAGCAGCAGUCUAUUCAGUAAAGCCGCACAAACAGAAGGACAAACAGUCCCAGCGGCAGUGACAGGCCUAAAGAUCACAGGGAACAGCACAGACAGCUUGUCAUUCAUAUGGACACGUGCAGAGGGAGAGUUAGAAUCCUAUGAUAUCUUCCUAUACAAUCCAGACAACACUCUGCAUGACCGGAAGCCUGGUGUACAAAGUCUCACCCAGAGCUCAUUUCAGGGGCUGCUACCAGGGCGCCUUUAUAAAAUAGUUAUCGUAACUCACAGUGGAUCACUGACAAAUGAUUCCUCAAUCCAUGGGAGAACAGUUCCUGCCCCAGUCACCAAUCUGCAAGCAUCAAACAGAAAUACAUCAGACAGUUUGUGGUUUGCCUGGAACCAAGCACUGGGAGAUGUGGAUACAUAUGAAUUGACACUUUAUAACCCAAAUGGGACACAAAAAGAACGGUUACAAGCCAAUGUCCUUAGUGAACAUCAUUUCAAAAAGUUGGUUCCGGGACGCCUGUACAAGCUGGUGAUAGUGACGCAGAGUGGUGACCUCGUCAAUAAAGUGACUGCCGAGGCCAGAACAGCUCCACAGCCACCCAAUUCAGUGUCAUUUACGGAUGUAAAGAAUACCUCUCUAUCCAUAACUUGGCUGGGACCCCCAGACUGGACAGACUAUGAUGACUUUGAGCUGCAGUGGAUACCUACAGACCCACUAGUGGUGUUUAACCCCUACAGCAUUGGCAAGUCCAAUGGAAGAAUUAUCACUGGCCUUCGACCUGGGCGUCUCUAUACCUUCAGUGUAAGGAGUGUCAGUGGCAAUUUAAAGAAGACUUUGAGCUUGCCUAUUACUGGAAGAGUGAGAACAAAACCUGAUAAGAUACAGCAUCUUCAUUGCCGACCUCAGAAUUCGACUGCCAUCUCCUGUUCAUGGACACCUCCAGAUUCUGACUUUGAUGGAUAUACCAUUGAAUAUAAAAAGAAUGGAUCCGAUCUUGUGGAGUAUUCCAAAAGAAUUGAGAGGCACAAAUCAGUCCUUACAAUAAUGCACCUUGAACCACAUAAGAGAUAUGUUGUAUCUAUCAAAGUGCAUUCUGCGGACAUGAUAAGUCAGGUGGUAGAAGAGAGCACCAUAACCAUGAUAGAUCGGCCCCCUCAACCACCUAUUCAUGUCAGAAUAAAUAGAAGAGAUGCUUUCAUUAGCAAGUCAUCAAUCCACUUCAGUUUUAAUUGCAGCUGGUUCAGUGACACCAAUGGAGCUGUCAAAUACUUUACUGUGAUUGUGUCAGAAGCAGAUGGCAAUGACAAUCUGAAGCCUGAGCCAAUGCAUCCACUGCCAACAUACACCGAUUACAAACAGAACAGCUCUAUCAAAAUCUAUCAGACGGACUACUUUCCAAGCAGAUGUAGUGAAUCUCCAGACUACAAUGUCCAAAGUUUUAAAAUUAAGCUGGGCGGUGAAAUUGAAAACUUGGGAGGAAAAUGCGAUCUUAAUCAAAAAAGAUUCUGUGAUGGACCCUUGAAACCAAAGACGUCGUACAGGAUUAGCAUUAGAGCUUUUACACAGUUGUUUUCUGAAGAUCUAAAAGAAUUCUCAGAUCCGUUGUUCGCUGACACUUUUUUCUCCUUGCCAAUCACCACAGAAGCAGAGCCUCUAGUAGGAGUGAUUGAAGGUGUCAGUGCCGGAUUAUUCCUCAUUGUCGUUCUGAUUGGAGUCACAGCUUUACUGAUUUGCCGCCAGAAAUGCAGGAGAGUCUACGAUCAGGGUCAGAUCAGAGCACAGUCACACAGAGAAAUGACCUCAUCUGUACAUGUAAACAUCGCUCAUAAAGGGAAUAAACGAUCCUCCAGUCCAAUCAAAGCCAACCAGUUUGAGGUUCAUUUCAGCAAACUUCAAGCAGACUCAAACUACUUGUUAUCCCAAGAAUAUGAGGAUCUUAAGGAUGUUGGGAGAAACCAGUCUUUUGACAUAGCACUUUUACCAGAAAACAGAGGGAAAAAUCGAUACAAUAAUAUACUACCUUAUGAUUUCACACGGGUAAAACUCUCCAAUGUGGAUGAUGAUCCAUGCUCAGACUACAUAAAUGCCAGUUAUACACCGGGCAACAACUUCCGUAGAGAAUACAUAGCAACACAAGGACCUCUUCCGGGUACCAAAGAUGACUUCUGGAAAAUGGUGUGGGAGCAAAAUGUUCACAACAUUGUGAUGGUGACUCAGUGUGUGGAAAAAGGACGGGUAAAAUGUGAUCAUUACUGGCCUUUUGAUCAAGACUCAUUGUAUUAUGGGGACCUCAUAGUUCAGAUGCUGUCAGAGUCUGUGCUUCCCGAAUGGACAAUAAGAGAGUUCAAAAUCUGCAGCGAAGAUCAACUAGAUGCUGCCAGGCUGGUCCGUCAUUUCCAUUAUACCGUGUGGCCUGAUCAUGGAGUCCCAGAGACCACUCAAUCUUUAAUUCAGUUUGUACGGACUGUCAGGGAUUAUAUUAACAGGACACCAGGAGCUGGUCCAACAGUGGUCCAUUGCAGUGCGGGAGUUGGCAGGACAGGGACAUUCAUUGCUUUGGACAGAAUCCUACAACAAGUGGACACAACAGACUCUGUGGAUAUUUACGGAGCUGUGUACGAUCUACGGGUUCACCGUGUACACAUGGUUCAAACUGAGUGUCAGUAUGUUUACUUGCAUCAAUGCAUUAGAGAUGUCUUAAGAGCAAGAAAACUGCGAAAUGAACAAGAUAAUCCAGUAUUUCCGAUCUAUGAGAAUGUGAAUCCAGAAUAUCACAGAGAAAACGUGUAUGCCAGGCAAUAAAUCCCCUUGUUCCAUCUGCUUCAAUUGAGAACAAGCUACGUUCAGCACAGGACGUAGUGUAUUUCAUCUGCCUCUUGUAAUGUAUAUACAUCCCAUCAUGUCUCAUCAUACAUGUACUAAUGGUUUACAGACUCUUUACUUUUUUUAUAUAACAUUGAAGACCUUGAAUGAACAAUGACAAUUCUGCAAGAGAUUUGCAUUGUGCCACUGUAUCCAAAACAUUUGCAUUAGUGCAUUGACAUGUCAGUGACAUAUUAUCUAAUCACAUCCGUUCCAGGGAUCGCUUUAUCUUCUGUCAAAUUGCAUUUGGCCAAGAAGAUGACUUUACAUAUAGAAUAAAGAGACAGGGACAAUCUGUCAGUGAAAUAUGAGGGGCUUACCUUAUAAAUCUUGAUGAGACUGGGCCUGUGUUCUGUGCUUGGUAUUGAAGUGUGUUGUAUACUUCACCACAAGCCAAUUUUGGCAUUUGUCACUUUCUAUUCAAAGAGUUUACCCCCUCUUUUUAGGUAAUUACCAAAAGAAAAUUGUAUGCACUUAUAAAUUGCCUAAAUGUCUUGGGUUUACGUCUGUAAAGUGGACAGUUAAUAGAUUCCUGGUCCAAGGUUUAAACAGACAUUAAGGACCCUUGUUCAUUAGAUAUUGGAGACCUUCUAGCUCCACUUUCUUGUAGUGAUGUCUCACACAACUCAUUGGGGUUGCUUCCAUUGCAGUAAAAGAUAGGACCAAUAUAUUGUACAUUACCCUGUCCGUUACAGAGGUUGAUGUUCCCAUAUAUUCUAUAAUAUUAUGCUAGAUAUACUAAUUAACUAAAAUCAGGGGCGUAGCUAUAGGGGGUGCAGAGGUAGCAGUCGCUACCGGGCCCAGGAGCCUGAGGGGCCCAAAGACCCUUGUGCUGCAUAAGAAGACACACAAAGCACUGAGGGAAGGGGGGGGGGGGGCAAGCCUAACUCUUGCACCAGGGCCCAUGAGCCUUUAGCUACGCCCCUGACUAAAAUACAUAAAGCAUACAAAGUGACGAAUAUAUAAAAAUACAUUAACUUGUCUUAUCUGACACCCCAAAAUGUGCAUUCAACCCUAAAAUAGGCACGUUUAGGUGAGUCAUAUAAUUGCAAUAUAAGCUAUUUAGGACUGUGAGAGAUUAGUAUUGUGAUGCUGGCACUUAACCCAUGGUGCUUCAGUAGCUGAACCCCAGCUACAUGUUAAACCAUUGCCACUUUGAUUCUAGGCAUGAAUGUAUAAAGCUAUGCUAUGGAAGAGUGUUGUGAUGUUAUAGGACAACACAUAUUAAUGGCAUGUUCUUAAUAUAUCAUUUACAGAUGUAAUAUACAUUCUAAGCAUGCUGUGAUGACAUACUGAAUGGAAAAUACAGUAUAAACGUUAGCACUUGGACCUUUCAGUCUGGCUCAUUAGUAUAGAAGCUGAAUUCAUUGGUUUUAUGGAAAGUUUUAUGUUUGCGAUACAAAUUGAUACUAAAGAAUAGCCUGAAAAAAACAAGAUAAGUAUUGAGUAAUUUUAGGCUUCAUGAGUACUCAUCCUGAAGCAUAAAUGGCAUGCAGACACUGCAUCUGGGUCACAUUUACAAGCGCUAUCUGCAAAGGUUUGCUAUGGGUGAUACAGGUUACCAUGGUAAUUAGACUGUUCAUUGCAAAACAGAACAUUAUUCAUUAGUACAUGAGAAUUCUGGCUCAAUGCAUCUUAAAGCAGACUUCUACAAUGGAGUGACGGUUUUACUGUAUGGAAGAGUUUCUCUGUAUACUACUAAAUUCUUUGGAAAUACAUACAGGUGAAACUCGAAAAAUUAGAAUAUCGUGCAAAGUUCAUUUAUUUCAGUAAUGCAACUUAAAAGGUGAAACAAACAUGAGAUAGGCCUCAUGCACACGGCCGUUGUUUUGGUCC